UAUUUAAUUCGAAAUUGUUUUUAAAAUAGCACACAUCAUAUAAGACACGUUUACACAUAAAAAAAAGAAAAAAAAAACGUUUUACCCUGCCAUUUAUAAAUGGAUGAAAGUGCCAAUAUUGAGGAAAAGCCAGAAAAGCCCAGUCGCAAAAAGAAGUUUCUCAUAUUAUUGCUUCAUGUGAUCUUUCAUCUUAUUCUAAUUUCAUAUUUCAUAGCGACUUCAGUGGUAUAUUUUAGAUAUGAUAGACAGUCGUCCGAGUGUAUAGAGCCGGUGAGUGAAAAUGCAACUGAGGUGACACCGGAAAUAAUAGCUAUACCAACUGAAGCCAAUCCAACUGCGGCACCAGCGAUUCCACCACCUGAAACCCGUUACAGACGACAAGUGGAUGUAACCACAGCGCCAGAUGCAAAGAAAAAGCCUUUUGAGCCAAACUUACUCUGCUCCAUUGAUUGGUGCCAUGGCUAUGGAUUUUUCGGGAUUCUUUUCGUGAUAUUUUAUAUAUUUUGGAUAUAUUAUUGGCUUGUCAAGCCACUGGUGGGAAAGAAACUCUAUGGCCAAACGAUUGAGCCUGCUGUCGACAAAUGGAUUAGCUUUAGUCGCGGUUUUGCCGUAUCACUUAUUAUGGUCCUUCUUGUGAUUAUAUUAGUGGUUGGUUAUCUCUUGUUCGAAUGUCGUAACGAUUUUAGAAAAUCGGCAGGACUAGUGGCACCUCUGCUUUUUGUCUUUCUCGGAUUUCUAUGUUCGAAACAUCGCAGAGUCAUACAAUGGCGAAUUGUUAUCCAUGGCAUAUUGGGUCAACUGAUAUUGGGCAUCAUUUGCAUACGUCUGGAAUUUGGUAGAUCCGUUUUCAAGUGCAUUGGCGAUAAGGUGUCGACCUUUCUACUCUUUGCCAAUCAUGGGGCUAGAUUCGUUUACGGUGAUCGCAUUUGUGAUGAUUUUGUCUUUGCCUUUGCCAUAUUGGCAAUGAUAUUCUUUUUCAGUGUUGCAACAUCUUGUCUUUACUAUCUGGGUAUAAUGCAAUUCUUUUUGGGUGUCCUUGGUUGGCUCCUACAGGCAACAGUGGGGACCACAGUCUGUGAGAGUAUCAAUGCAGUGGGCACUGUUUUUCUUGGCAUGUCCGAAUCUCCGCUUUUGAUUAGGCCAUAUAUUCCUUUGCUAACCGUUAGUGAAUUGCAUACAAUAUGCGUUUCCGGUUAUUCAAAUGUAGCAGGAACUGUCCUUGGCGCAUAUAUCGCAUUUGGUGCCCCGCCUGGCUUACUAAUCACAGCCAGCGUUAUGGCCGCUCCUGCCUCUUUAGCAUUUGCCAAAUUAUUUUUCCCCGAAACGGAAGAAUCUGUUACCAGAUCAGAUAAUAUUGUAAUGAUUCCAACCACCAAUACAUCCAUUUUAGAUGCCAUCAUAAGUGGUGCAGCUGGCGCUUUAACCAUUGUCUUGGGAAUCGUAUCCAAUAUAAUUGCCUUCUUGUCGUUAUUUGCCUUUUUAAAUGCUGUAACUGAAUGGAUAUUUGAUCUGCUUGGUUUCAAUCAAAUAACAUUGGUCUAUUUGCUUACGUAUUUGUUUGUACCAUUGGUUUUCGCUAUGGGUGUCCCAACGCAUGAUUGUAAACGUGUUGGCGAACUUGUGGCCCAAAAGACAUUCAUCAAUGAGUUUACAGCCUACAAGAAUCUGGGGCAAAUGAUCGAGCAGGAUUUAAUUGAUCAACGAAGCGCUGGUAUUGCCACAUUCGCUUUAUGUGGUUUCUCCAAUCCUGCAUCCUUGGGCAUUCUAAUAGCGGCCUUAAGUGCCAUGGCUCCCAAUCGACGUACAGAUAUAAUGCAUGUGGCUUUACGAGGAUUUUUUGUGGGCAGCUUUGUUAGCUUUACAUCGGCCUCAUUUGCAGGAAUACUUAUUCAAGAAAACGAACUACAGAAAAUGAAUACAAAAAUGAUCGACUUUCAGUACUUAAAUACAAUGGACAUGGGCCUCUUUUUUCACUAAUAUAUAAUUUGAGAAAUAUAAAAUAAAGCUGCCUAACGGAAAACUUGGCCAACAAAAAAGGAGAAAUUAUGGACCUCCUUUUUUCUUUGGCUAAGAAGUAGGCCUAUGGUUUUUCCUUUUUUUUGACCAGAGGUUUCUUAGGAUAUGACCACCAU